GUAUCAUCUGCGUGCGCCUGUGUGUCCUGGUGCUGUUGCUGUGUAUCACUUACGGUCUCUACCAGUGGACUGAGUAGUCGUGUAUCAAAGUAGCGCUAAAGUCGUAGAAAAGUGUCAGAAGUGAUAUGACAAAGACAAGUACGUUUCAGGAUUAGAUUAGAAAACUCGGGAUUUCCAGAAUCAUGAGCGGUACGUGAUAACUUCAGGAGCGUAGGACCAGGUGAAGGAAACGCCACAGAAGAAGGAGCUCCAUGAAAGGCCCCUUAAACGCCGUUUGGCCGGGAAGAGGACGACCGUGAGGUGCGAGGACUAGAGUCAAGGAUGGCACGAAGUCCAUCCCCGUUGCCUUUCCAGUUGGCCAUCUGCCUUCUGGCCCUGCCGCUCUUCUCCCAUGCUGAAGGCCAUGACCCCUCCCACAACACCGCCUCGAAGGACUGGACCCACCGCAGUCCCCAUCAGGAGGGAUGGAAGAAGCAAUUAGCGCAGAAAAACGAUCAGAAGCUAGGCCAUGAGAAGGUCCAUCCACUUCCACUCAUUUGGCCAGUGAAGAGCAAAAAGAUACAUCACGAAACACCGAAUGACAUCAUGGCCUAUGAUUACCCACAGCAUGACAGGUACCAUAAUCCAUACCUUGCCAAACCACAAGAGGUGGAGGACCAGGUGUUGGAUUCGGAAGAGGGGGCAAAACCAGUCGUUUACAGAAGUGCGGGAGUGACGAAGAGCUCUGCCUCGAGAGAUGACAACGUAGAUGAAAUCAUUCAUUCUGUGGUUCUUCAGGGAACGUUUGGGGAAGACAUGACAAUGAAAACAAAUAAGACGACGGAAUAUUUGAUUGAAUACCUGUACAACGCCACAUCAUUAAAGGACAAGUACCUUCAUUGGAUCUCUAGUAGUAGAUGUCACAAAUAUUUCACUAAUCUUAGGCAUAAGUGUGCUCCAAAUAUGCUCCACUAG